AUGUCAUCUGUGGAUUGUAGUGAGUUCGGACAGCGGGUAUUCCGUGUGAGUAGGUCAAAGCUGAUGGUCGCGAUCAGCAACGGUCAAGUCAAGAUCUGGAACUAUGAGACUCAAACCGACUUGAAGACGUUUGAGAUUUCCGACGUGCCAGUGAGAUGUGUUCGUUAUAUCGCGAGAAAGAACUGGUUCGUCACCGGCUCUGACGAUUUCCAACUCCGAGUGUACAAUGUAUCCACAGGAGAGAAGAUCACCUCGUUCGAAGCUCAUCCCGAUUAUAUCCGGUGUAUGACGGUUCACCCGACAUUGAGUUUGGUCCUCACGGGCAGUGAUGAUAUGACGAUCAAAUGUUGGGACUGGGACAAGGGCUGGCGAUGUGUUCAGAUCUUUGAAGGGCACACACACUACAUCAUGGCGCUCGCUGUCAAUCCCAAAGAUCCUCAGACAUUCGCCUCUGCCUGUCUCGACCACACUGUCAAAGUCUGGUCUCUCGGGAAUCCCGUACCCAAUUUCAGUCUAGAAGCACAUGAAAAGGGAGUCAACUUUGUGGAGUAUUAUCAUGGAGGAGACAAGCCUUACCUUGUGACAACGGGUGAUGACAGACUCCUCAAAAUCUGGGACUACCAUGCCAAAUCCUGUGUUCAGAGUCUCGAAUCUCAUACUGCCAAUGUCUCGUUUGCCAUCUUCCAUCCCUCUCUCCCUAUCAUCGUCUCUGGUUCUGAAGACGGUACCAUCAAAAUAUGGCAUUCCUCAACAUACCGAUUAGAGAACACUCUCAGCUAUGGCUUGGAGAGAGCUUGGUGUGUGGCUUACAAGCGGACAGGGAAUGAGAUUGCAGUCGGAUUCGAUGAAGGAGCAGUGGUCGUCAAGCUCGGCCGAGACGAGCCUUCCGUGUCCAUGGACGUCUCUGGAAAGGUCGUCUAUGCCCGCAAUACUGAAAUCCUCACAGCCAACUUGUCCACCAUCGGAGAUGCAGGCGAGGAAGUCGUGGACGGACAGAGGCUGCUCGUGUCGUUGCGAGACCUGGGAACGACGGAAGUGUAUCCUCAAAGUCUACAACAUUCUCCGAACGGACGAUUUGUCACCGUGUGCGGAGACGGCGAGUAUAUCAUCUACACUGCGCUUGCGUGGCGAAACAAGGCUUUCGGUUCGGGGACGUCGUUCGCUUGGGCCUCUGAUUCCAAUACGUACGCCGUUCAAGAGGGCAAAAGCAAGAUCAGAGCAUACAAAAACUUCAAAGAACGACCCGGACAUGUAAAGUCGACCGGCUCAUGGGCUAUCGAAGGAGUUCACGGUGGACCUGUCCUCUCGGCACGAGGUAAUGGAUUCGUCAUGUUUUGGGAUUGGGAGACCGGUUCCGUCGUCAGAAGGAUUGAAGUCGACGCGACGAAUGUGUCGUGGUCUGCUACUGGUUCCCUCGUGGCGAUCAUGGCGGAGGAUUCAUACUACAUAUUGAGGUUUGACCGGGAUGCGUACCAGGCUCGAGUGGACGCUGGGGAUGUCAUCGGAGAUGAAGGUGUUGAGGAGGCUUUUGAGGUGGUCGCGGAGAUCUCAGAGCCGGUCAAAACGUGCAAGUGGAUCGGAGAUUGCUUUGUCUACACCAACAACAACAAUCGCUUGAGCUACCUCGUCGGCGACCAGCCCCAUGCCAUCAACCACUUUGACCAACCGAUCUAUCUUCUUGGCUACCUUGCGGCGCACAAUCGACUCUACGUGACAGACAAGGACAUGAAUAUCUCCAGUUAUGCUUUGUCUUUGACCGUCAUCGAGUACCAAACGGCGAUUCUUCGAGGCGAUUUGGAAGGUGCCGAGGCCAUGUUGCCGAGCAUUCCAAGCGAUCAACGAAAUCGCAUCGCGAGAUUCCUUGAGGCUCAAGACCUGCGGGAGCUCGCUCUUUCCGUAUCUACUGAUCCCGAUCACAAAUUCGACCUCGCCAUCGCCCUCAACGACCUUGAAACAGCUCUGACCCUCGCUCGAGCUGCUCCUACACCUGGUUCUGAACCCAAGUGGAAGGUCGUCGGUGACAAGGCCCUCUCAGCGUGGCAAAUGGAUUUGGCCCAGGAAUCAUUUGAGAAAGCGGGUGACCUCCCAGCUUUGCUCCUUCUGUUCACUUCGUUAUCCGAUCGAUCCGGUCUUGAGCGAUUGGCAAAGAAGGCCAAGGCUCAAGGUCAGAACAACAUCGCGUUCGCUUCGUAUCUUCAAUUGGGCGAUACCCAAGCCUGUAUUGACCUGUUAGCAUCUACCAACAGGAUUCCAGAAGCUGCGUUGUUCGCUCGAUCUUACCAAUCUUCAGCCAUCCCGUCCCUCGUCAAAGAUUGGAAGAAGGAUCUGGAGGAUGGUGGAAAGGGGAAAAUUGCGGCGACUAUAGGGAACCCAGAGGAAGAUGCUGGAUUGUUUGGAGGUAGCAGUAGUGCGGAUGGAGAGGGAAGCGGAGUGACGGAGGGAAGUGGGGUCAUGGUGGAGAAGGAAGACGCGGAAGAGCCAGAGGAGGAGCAGGAGGAGGAGGAGAGGCAAAAAUCAAAAGGUGGUGUCAAGGCUAUGGUGAAAGAUGCCGUAGAGGCCGUCAAGGAGCCAGUAGAGGAACUGGCGGACAAGGUCAAAGAUCUGGCCGUGGGGAAAGAGGAUGCUGGGACUGCCGAUGAGCCGAGUACAACAGAGGAUGUCAAGGCUGGAUCUGGAGGAGGGGGAAAGAAGAAGAAGAACAAGAAAUAG